UGUGGAAACAACUGUCACCAUUUAUUCUACCUUCUAUCUAUCUUUGUAUAUGCAUACAUGAGCUCUGCUCCCACAGGCACAGCACAGAGAAUAUCACAUUGGGAAAAAAAGGCAAUGGCGAAAAGUGACGUGAAGCUUUUGGGUGCAUGGGCGAGCCCAUUUGUGAUGAGGGCAAGAAUCGCCCUCAACGUCAAAUCUGUGGACUAUGAGUUCUUGGAGGAGACGCUUGGAUCCAAAAGUGACCUUCUUCUUAAAUCAAACCCAGUUCACAAGAAAAUACCUGUUCUAAUUCAUAACGAUAAGCCUAUAUGUGAGUCUCUCAUUAUUGUUCACUACAUCGAUGAGUUUUGGUCCUCUGGUCCCUCCAUUCUUCCCUCCGAUCCCUAUGACCGUGCCGUCGCUCGCUUUUGGGCCGCCUAUCUUGAUGAAAAGUUUUUCCCUUCCGUGAAAGGAAUACUGAGUGCUCAAGAAGAGGAAGCUAAAAAAGCUGCAGUUGACCGACUUGGGGAAUGUUUGGCUUUGAUGGAGGAUACUUAUGUGAAGUUGAGCAAAGGGAAGCCUUUCUUUUGUGGGGAGAAAAUUGGGUAUCUCGACAUUGCAUUUGGGUGCUUCCUGGGUUGGCUGAGGGUGACGGAGAAGACUAGUGGGGUUAAGUUUCUUGAUGAAGCAAAAAAUCCUCAUUUGGCGAAGUGGGCUGUGAGGUUUUGUGCUGAUCCUGCUGUGAAGGACGUUAUGCCUGAAACCGAGAAGCUUGCUGAAUUUGCCAAGCUUCUUGCCAACUUCAAAGCUGGCCCUCCAAAAUGAUUUAAUUGGGAGAUUGAAUUAUUGGAGAGGCCGAUAGAGUGGAAGCUAGUACUAGUGAUGGAAGUAAGUUAGUUGUGUGGUUAAGAGCAAUAAUGUUGUUAUGACUUUGGAGAAAUUAUCCUAAAUUAUGUAUUGCGGUUCUGGAAGUUACUAUUAAUUUCUUGCAGUCUGAGUGUGUUUGGUUUCAGGAAAAACUCUUCUCUCGUCAAUGACUUUUUCUUGGAACUUAUAAAAUUGCCUUUUUCUUUCCAAAAUAAAGAAAAUGCUGUUACUGGCGUUGGACCAAUUGGUCAAUA